UGCGGCGUGUUUGUUUGUAUUUGCACUUUUUGCAUUUAAUAAUUUCUAAAUGGAGCAUCGCGACGGAGAUCCCGGCGCCGUGCAGUACGGCAAUUUUAUGAAUUACUAUCAAUUUAAUUCGGCCAGCGAGCGUGUCAAACUGUUGCCCAGCGCAAAUAUUUGGCUGCCUGCGCAGCAGCUCGACCCAAAUUUAAAUGCGGAAAUAAAGCCCUACCUGGUGCUGGAUGUUGGCUGCAAUUGCGGCGACUUCACGCAGCUGCUGCACAGCUUUCUGGAGGCGCAGCUGCGGCGGCCGGUGCACCUGCUGGGCGUGGACAUAGACGAGCGGCUCAUCGAACGCGCCCAGCUGGAAAACACGUGCCCCGCAAAGAUCAGCUACGCUUGCGGCGAUGUCCUGAAUGCGGACAGCUUUGAUGCAAUUGUUGCGAGUUUCUUGCAGCAGCAGCAACGCGACAAAUUUGAUGCCAUCUGCUGCUACUCGAUAACCAUGUGGAUUCAUCUCAAUCACCACGACAGCGGCCUGCAGCGCUUUUUGUCCCAGCUAUCCCGGCUGGCCGAGCUUUUUGUGGUCGAGCCGCAGCCCUGGAAAUGCUAUCUGACCGCCGAGCGGCGUCUGAAGCGUGCGGGCGAAACGUUCCCCUUGUUGCGGGAGCUCAAGUGGCGCUUGGAUGUGGAGCAGCAGAUACAAAAGUAUAUGGAGCAGCAGCUGGGCCGCCAAAUUAUAUACGAAUCCACGCCCACCAAAUGGCAGCGAAGGAUCUGUUUCUACAGAUGAACAAAAUUGGAAGCUGGAAAACUGAUUCAAUUGAGGAAAGCCACGGUCGGAAGCAGAGCGAAGCAUUAACAGUUGCAUAAAUGUUGUUAACAGCGAACUGUUAUCAAGUAGGUCAGGAAUAGAGCGAAGCUAUUGCUAACAGUGGCAUUAACAGUAGCAUUAUUGUUAUUAACAGCGGACUGUUAUCAAGCACAAAGUCAAAACUGAUAUUCUCAAGUUUAAAAUGCGUUUAAACAAUAAAAUCAAAAGAAAUCAAAUCUUAAAGAACAUAUAAAUUAAUAUUAAAUAGCACCCAUUAAAAUAUAUAGUUG